GGAAUCAAGACCUACUAAAACAUGAGAAGAUGAUCCAGCCAGAAGAUUCUUCAUGUUGUAGAAAUCUGAUUUUUGUUUAAUAUGUGAUAUCAUUCGACAAAGCCACAUUCAGUUACUUACCUUGAAAUUAAGAAUCACCUGUGGCCUUCAUCAGAAAUGUUCCUAACAUUUUCAAGGAAAAAUAUGUCCCAGAAACUGAGCAUGUUUUUACUAGUCUUUGGAAUAAUAUGGGGUUUGAUGUUGCUACGCUACACUUUCCUGUAUCCAAGGCGUCAGAGCAGUGCCGAGUUGCGUGGACAGAUACUAGACCUCAGUAAAAGAUACGUCAAAGCACUGGCAGAAGAAAAUAAAAAUUUAAUGAAUGGUGCUGGUGGAGCCUCUAUGGCAGGAUAUGCUGAUCUUAAGAGAACAAUUGCUGUUCUUCUGGAUGACAUCUUGCAACGCCUUGUGAAACUGGAAAACAAAGUUGAUUACAUUGUUGUGAAUGGCUCAGCAACAAAUACCACUAAUGGAACUAGCAAUCAGAUGUCAGUAACUUCAAAUAAGCGUGUAAAACCAGCAAGAAAUAUUAGAUAG